UUUCCGCGCCUCAUUUACAAUAGCUGUGAAUGUUUGAAAGCUCUCAAAAGUUAAUCGUCUGUUUGUGAUUUUUAUACACAAUCAAUUCUUUCUUCCGCGAUUAUUCUUCACCCAGGUUAUUAUUAGUCACCAAAAACCCUACCAUGUAAUUCGUGAGGUAGUGAAGUGUGUUUCAAGAUCAUCUUUCUAGUCAUUCCGAGACGUAGUUUAGGGGAGGAACCCCCUCAAGUUACUCGUCGGAGAAAAGUUGCUUUUUAUUAGAGGAAAUGGCCCUCAAUCCAGCUUUUCUCAAGACCACAGCUCUCCAGCAACUUCUGGAUGAGAUAAAUUUUCAGCGGACGAAGGAAAUGCGGCAGCUGCUAAAGGAUGACAGUGGCUUUGUUGUCCUCCAGGGUACCACCUACUGGACAGAUCUAUUUGUGCGGCACUUUCUGUUUCAGGCAGAACCAGAGCAUAGCAUUGAUUCUGAUGAUUUGCUCUUCUUUGUCCGGAAGAAGCAUGUCAAGGGAUCCUCUCGCCAUAUGCCCAAGUUUGAGACGGACGUGGAUGUAUUUCGUAAGGAUUCACGGAAGCUCCCGAUCGGAGAUCCGGAUGUAGAUUGGGAAGAGACUGUGUACUUGAACUUGGUGAUUCAUCAAUUUGACUACAAGCUCACACUAGCCAUCUGCACACGAACGUCUCCCAAGGAGCUUCAGGUACUCAGAAGACAUACUCAGCGUGUCUAUGCAUCUCCUAGUCGCCGGAAAAUGGACACAAAGGGCGAGGGAGAGGAGAUGACCUAUCCUCACAUUUGCUUCAUGGUGGACAAUUUCGAUGAGGUGUUCAGUGACAUCCUGGUGCGAGAUGGGGAGAUGGUAUGCGUGGAACUUGUGGCCAGUGACAGAGAUGGAUCAGUCCAGGGAGUUAUCUUCCUGGGAUCCAUUCGCUAUGAUGCCCUGAAGAAAGUCUACGAUGCCAGACAAUCCAGCUUGAGCUCCAAGGUUGCACAACGAAUGAUGUUUGGGCUGUUUAGCUCAGGAGGCCCACAGACUCGCUGUGAAUUUGUCCGGAUGAAGGGUCCUCAAGGGAAAGGGCAUGCCGAGAUGGCCGUGACGAAGCCAAAGGGAUCAGGAGUCGAAACACCCACCAGUGAACCCGGAUUCUGUGCCACCGACAUGUGGGACACGGACUGGGACGAUGAGAAUGAUGACUUCUACAAUUACCGUCAUCAGCGUCGUCUGAGUGAUCCAAGUGCUAAUCUCAAUCACUUUGCGCGUUUUGCGUGGAAGACAAAGAGUGGCCAGGAUGGAUCGGCGGGGAAUAAAGCCCGAUCGGAGAAUGAAGGACUCGAUUCGUUGGCCAGUGAAAUAUCGGAAAUUGAAGCUGGUGAUCUUCGCGAUGAUCGUCCUGCUUCCUCUGCGUCGGACACAAAAUUGGCAUCAGCCACAACGUGCUGCACAUGUUGCUUUGGCUCCAAGAAGAGAUGGAGUGAUUCAGCAUCGGCACAAAUGUCCGAUGUCUAUUGUCGCACGUGCGAUGAGGCCAAUUCACCAGCAUGCCUGGCCAAUGUAACACCUAAGCGUAAUCGUCCCAAACACCGAAAUCUGCUGACGGUGGAGAGUGAAAUUGAGAUGCCAGGGGGAGGGGGUGGGGCACAGAAGAAGAAAAUUGUGAAUAAAGAGAAGAAAAAGAGUCCCAAGACCCCUGAAAGUCCCCGAAAGGACACCAAGAAGACGUCAGAGUCGCCCAAAAUGUCCAAGAAGAACAACAAUCGGGACAAUAUGGAGGAAUAUGAAUUGGCUGAUGAUGCUACAUCCCUCAAUGGUGACAUGACAGAUGAUAUUGUGAAGAUUGGUGUACUGAGUGACUUGGAUCCAAGGAUGAUUGUCAGGGUGCAUGGGAAGGAGGAACUUCCAGUGGUGGAACAGAGUCGUGCCAAACAAAUUCAAAAACUCCAAAAGCAAUCACUUGAUCCGGAAAAAGAUCCCCAUCCACUUAGGGUUGAAGUUGAAUAUCAUGCUGACAAUGAUGGGACCAGAAAGAGUGAAAGGAUAUCAUCAGAUGCAAAUCUCAAUUCAAAGACUGAAGUGGCUAAAGCUCAGAAAAAUGCAAAAGAAGGAGAUUUAAAUGGGAAUUCAAAAACUGUUCCACGCAAGAGAUUCUACUCGACUUUUCCCAAGCGAAAACGCAGUACUAUUCAUCACAGUAUGUGGUACAAUAGGCCAAUUUCACUGAAGAAAGUCCCACAGAGAACUACUCCGGAUGGCACUAAUAUCUACUAUUGGUGCGAUGUGCCCAAAAAAUCCACAAAAGAAUUGGACGAUGGGGCGUACAAUCCGCUCUGGGCCACAAAGGGAUUCACACAGACUUUUCACUUUUGGAAGGAGAAUCGUCGGCAGCAAUCCACGCCACUGAAUGCAUUCCUGACCUAUGUCACUCUUCCUUGGUGGAGCAUUGCGAAAGAUCUCCUGGACCAUCGUGAAGCGCCAAUACUAACGUUUUAGCAUUUUUCACCGCGAAUAAAGACGUUUUUUGCACUAAUUCAUUCUCAAAAGAGUCUCGAUAUUGCGUAUCUAAUACAGUUUGAUCCUCUUUUUUUUACUUUUAUUUUCUGUGAUAGCAGAAGAGUAUGAAAGAAAAAUCCUCAGUUGUGAUAUAAAUUUUCAUUUGAUUUUAUUUUAUUGCAUUAUAUUUGUUUUUUUUGUGGGAUUUAAAAUAGUUUUCUUUUGAGUGAUUUUUUUUAUGAGAUAAAAAGCGAUAAAAGAGAUAUUUAUAUUCAUUAUGAUACCAAUUUGGCUUAAGAGCCUUCAAUGAAUUUUACUAUAAUAGAUUAAAAAAAAUAAUAAAGAUUCCUCGAUUGAAAAGAGA